CUCCAAUCCAUCAAACUCCAAUUUCCCAUUAUAAGACAAUUUUACUUAUGUUAAUUGAUGAUCGUUCGUUGUCAGUGGCCUAACCAUUCUGUCUCUUUCCUCACACACACACACGCAAUGAAGCUCCAAGCUGCUUGUGAACUUCCCCAUACACGAAGAAAAUACAUACCCAAGUUUAUCCCCCUCAUCCUAGCCCUAACUUUUGUUUUCACAAUUCUUCCUCUCUACUUCCCUUUUUCCCACAACAAAUUUAAUUCCUUAACCUCGCUUAAUGUUGGAUCAUAUCAACAUCUCUCUCCUCCAAAACCAAACAAUCCGCUGCCUCGCCAUGAAAAAGUCCAUAGCUGGCGGCGCAGCCACGGACACGGCGGUGGAGGCGUGGCACAGGAACUGUCAACGAGUCCACCACCAAACUUGGACACGCCUGCUAACAAGACACAAGUUAGAAAGCCCGAAGAAGGGGAAAUCAAAAGCCCGGGAUCAGACUUGAUCAUCGCCGGUGGUAUUAAUUCAAAGUCUGAAGAAAUUACUAGUAAAAGGCAGCGGGCGGGCGACAGCGAUAUUGAAGUUAACAUGAUACGAUCAAACACGUCAGAGGGCAGCAAGAAAUGCGAUUUAUUCACUGGGGAAUGGGUGCCGAAUGCAGAGGGCCCGUAUUAUACAAACACGACUUGUGACGCGAUUCAGGAGCAUCAGAAUUGCAUGAAAUUCGGGAGGCCCGACACAGGGUUCUUGAAAUGGAGAUGGAAGCCGGAUGAGUGUGAGCUGCCCAUAUUUGAUCCGUACAAGUUCUUGGAACUGGUGAGGGGAAAAUCCUUGGCCUUUGUGGGUGACUCAGUCGCAAGAAACCACAUUCAGUCUUUGAUUUGUCUCUUGUCAAGAGUUGUCCGUCCUGUUGAUGUCUCAAAGCCAACAGAUGAAAACAGGCUCUACGAAUACACAGAUUACGACUUCAACAUUUCCAUCAUCUCCUCACCCUAUCUCAUCAGAACACAAAAAACCGACCCCAAUGAUUUCACGCGCCCUUUCAACCUAUUUCUCGACGAAUUCGACGAAACCUGGACCUCCAAAAUCCCAUCAUUCGAUUACAUUAUCAUCUCCGCCGGCCACUGGUUCUUCCGCCCCACCUAUUUCUACCUCAACCGCACCCUCGCCGGCUGCCUCUACUGCCCGGAGCCCAACGUCACCCACCUCGCCUCAUCUUUCAGCGCCCGAUGGGCCUUCCAGACGGCGUUCCGGGCAAUCAACGCCGCCGUAAAUUUCAACGGCGUCACGUUUCUGAGAACGUUCGCGCCGUCGCAUUUUGAGGGGGGGCCGUGGGACAAGGGCGGGGAUUGCGUGCGGACGAGGCCCUUUAAGAGGAAUGAAACCGCUUUGGAGGAUUACAGUCUGGAAAUGUAUUCGAUACAGUUGGAGGAGCUGAGAACUGCACAGGAAGCAGGGAGGAGAACCGGACGGAAAUUCAGACUGUUUGAUGCGACGAAGCCUAUGUUGUUGAGAGCGGAUGGGCAUCCGAGUAAAUACGGACAUUGGCCGGUGGCAAAUCGAAUAAUUCCUAACGACUGCGUGCACUGGUGUUUGCCUGGUCCAAUUGAUGCUUGGAAUGAUUUCUUGCAAGAGUUGUUGAAAAGAGAAGUGGGGAGUAAAAGUAAAUCAUUUACUUGAAUUUUUUUUUUCCUUGUUGUUUUAAAUUGGAAAUUAAACUUCAAAGUA